AGAAGAGUUUAGUAACAGCACUGUAGCUUGUAAUUGAUUAAUCGUGAGAUUAAAGUAUAAUGAUAACAGACACUAUACACCGUCCCAUAAAUCCAUAGAUUUGAUAUUAUGAGAACUAUUGCAACUACAACAAUUCUUAAUUUUGAAAAGGUAUACUAGUGGAAUAUAAGCCUCCUGUUGAAGAUUUUCGAUUUUUUAACAAUACGUUAUGGAUCGUUUUUACGUAUUCUUCGUUCUGUCAGCGAUCGCAGCCCAUCUAUGCACUGCAUCGAAAUUUGAAGACUGCGGUUCAACUGCAAAGGUGAAUAGUGUCAACAUAAGUGGUUGUCCGGAUUCGGCAGAUGUGUGUCCGCUGAUAAGGGGUACUGAUGCCAGUAUCACUAUCGCAUUUAAAUCGAAUUCCGAUGCCAAGAGCUUGAAAGCCGUCGUCUAUGGUAUUAUAUCAUUUGUUCCUUUGCCAUUCCCACUUCCUCAAUCAGACGGCUGCAAAAGCGGCGUAUCUUGCCCAGUGCAGAAUGGUCAGUCUUAUAUCUACAGUAAUAAACUGAAGGUGAGAAAGUCUUAUCCUUCAUUGUCUGUCACUGUCAAAUGGAUGCUAAAAGAUGAGAAAAGCAAUAAUCUGGUAUGCAUUAAGAUACCGUGUAAAUUACAGUAAAUUUCAUAAUUUUGAUUUUAAGCUUUACUCUUCCUAUACAGUUCCGAGGACAUUUAUUAAAUAGUUUAUAACUUCAAUAGAUAAAAUAUUUUCUGGAAACUUCUAUAA